UUAUAAGAGGCACCACAGAUAUACAUCGGCCACAGAAGAAACAGUCCUCUCAAACUGAAAGGCAUCUCCAAUCAUCAGAAAAUGAGAGUCUGCAGUGUUGUCCUUGUUGUGGUGCUGUGUGUGUGCACAGGAGCUCUGGGAGUACAGGUUAAUGUUGGAGACGAGAGCUUCCCCUUGGAGGCAGUGAAGCAGCUGAAGGAGCUGAUGGCUUUGAACGACAACAUUAGCCCAUUCGCCAAGACAAGUGUUUGUGCCAACCCUCUCCUGCCGCAGGUCUUCCAUCCAGUCUGCCAAGCGAGGGGAGCAGGAACUACUGUCUUCUCAAAACUGGCGGCUGUACCUCUAGAUAUCUGUGAAAUCUGUGCCUUCCCUGCCUGCAGUGGAUGUUAGGACUGAGGCUGCCACCUGUUGGACCCACGAACACCAUCAGCUGGGAUCUUGGCAUCAUUCUCCAUAGGUUUUCCACAUCUCUGGGUAUGAGGCGUCUAUGCAGACAGCAAAACACAUCAUGUUACCCAGCAACAAAGCUCAGCAGAUCUCAUGACUCAGCGGUCAACAUACUGGAUUUUGGAUAAUAAAGUUAUCUGACUCAGGCUAUUGACCAUUUUCAUACGUGUUGUUAGAUGUUGAUAUAAUCCCAUGUCACAUAUAGACAAAAAAAAUACUGUAAGGUCGCUUCUGAUUAAUAAUAAACAUGUCUUCUUUGCAA